AUGGAGGCUUCAAGUCGGCCAGCAGCAGCAUCCAACAAUCCACGGUGUGUGUUCGUCUCACAGCGCGAUGCAAUUACAUCGAGACUCCUUCGUGAUCUCCCGACAAUUGCCAUCACAUCCGCUCAUAACCAUCACGAUAUCACUUCUUUCGUGUCAUCAUGGGGGGCAAAGAUUCAGGAUAAGUUCAGUAUCUCGGAUGAUAUGAAGGAAGGGAUAAAUGAGAGAGUCGUUGAAAGGGCAGCAGGAAUGUUUCUAUUCGCCAAAGUUGUGAUGACCACAUUGUUCUCUCAAGUUUCGCGGGAAAGGCUGUUCAAUGAAUUGAACGUGAAAGGAUUACCCGUAGGGAUCGAGGCAGCAUACUCUCGCGUGCUGGAUGUUAUCCGCGAACAAUCCUCAAAGAGUGAAGCGUUUCAGUUAUUGGCAUGGCUAGUGUGCGCUAAACGUCCACUGGAAUGGCGAGAAAUUCAAGCUGCAGUAGCAAUCGACAUCGAAGGCGAGACUGUUGAUUUCUAUGGUCGACAGUGGAUGGUCACCGCCAAAGAUCUUUGUGGCUCACUUGUUGAGUCACGAACUGACGGCUCACUUGAGCUUGUACAUACCACAGCAGAACUCUAUCUGGUUGAGAGCGGUGUCAUCAAUGUCGGUCAAGAAGAACUCAAGAUCGCAUCCCUCUGUCUGGCCUAUCUAGCUUUUCCUGGCUUCGAAGCAGUCCUGGCGGAAUCUUCUGUUGAAGAUUUCCUGGGGCUCGGAUACUAUGCUUUCCUUGAUUAUGCCGCCCGUUACUGGACUUCUCAUCUUCGAGAAGGUCUAGCCCGAAGUGCUCUAGAACAGUGCAAAGACACGCUUAUCAGUCAUAUUGAAAGGUUCCUCGAUUCACAUUAUCGACCCUGUGAUGAAGACAUUCAAAUUCCAGUGUCCACUCGCAGCUUGCUGAGUCGAAUUCACGAGUCCGACUUUAGCUCACACGACGGGUUCGAGAAUUUUCUCAAAGCUUUUGUCGCCACAGAAUGUCAAAUCGAAACCUAUAGUGAAAACGCAGCAUCGAAUAAGGCACUUGACAUCUCGGACAUAGUUGCGAGGAUUCAAGCUAUUCUUGAAUGCGCAGUCUUUCGCUUUCGAGGAUCUUUGGAUGAGGCUGACCGGAAAUCGUUUGCUUUCUACUACGAGAGGCAAUCUACAAGUGUUCUCGAAUAA